AAAAGAACUUGAAAGAUGGCGAAAUGAUCUACGAAUUGUACAACUUAUGAUGUUGGCCUGCUCAAGCUCCAUUACUUAAUAACUAGACACUAAAGAGCUGCGAAACCUCUAAGGAGAGAUGAACAAAAGGCCUGCCAUUGUCGCAACAAUAAUAGUUUUAACUAUGGCUGCUCACCAGGCCAUCGCGGGAUCCUGUGAGACGUACAAAUUUGAAAAGACAAAGGGCAUGGAACUAGUCAAUCACGUGAUCAAGACCGUCAUGCGCAGUGUAGUUGCAUUGUGCUGGAGUGAGUGUGCGUGGUUACCAUCAUGUUUUUCUAUUAAUGUUCGUGUYCAGGGCAUUCUCUUUGAAUGUGRCYUGAACAACUCGACCAAGACAGCUGYUGGGGGACUGGUGCCUAGGGUAGGAUCUGACUAUCAUGAGAUGACGGAAGCACAAGGAAACUGCAAAUCGUGCAUAAAUAAAAUGAAAGACGUUCUGCAAGAUGGUUGGUUUCGUCUUGGUUCGAUUGCUUUAAAGCUCUUCCAAGUGAAGAAAAACUGGAGUGAGGCAGAAGAUCACUGCAAAUCGAUUGGCGGCAAUCUAGURUCGAUUUCCAGCUCUUAUGAGAACGAUUUUAUCAACGACGUCUYGGCAAAAGUGCAUACUUUUAAUCCUACGUCUGCUCGUGUACAUUGGUCAUUAGAUGGUUCUGAGAAGGAAAUCAGUCUAGAGCCCAAGUCGAACCCUUCUGAACUGCCUCGAUACGAAGAGGUCGAUGGAGUGACAGCAUUGUAUCUAACAGGACAAUACAGCUACGCUAACGUACCCGCUACUCUACCAUUCAAUGCAAGAGGGUAUACCAUGAUGUUGUGGGUAAAGCCGCAUCCAGUUCAACUGUCACCAGAUGAAAUGCGAAAAUUCACGAUAUUCACAGAUAUGCAAACAAACGUCAACAAAUCGUUCAAAUUAUUUUAUAUAUUACAAGAUAGCCAUCCCAGCAGCCCUCACUUUUUAGGAUUUCGACUGUAUGAUAUCAAUGGCAAGGCUUUCAUGCAUGCAACACCAAGUAAUGUUAUUUCCCCUGGUGUCUGGAGUCACGUUGCUGCUACCACGAGUUUUGAAGAUGGACAGUUAAAACUUAGCCUGGUAGUCAACGGGUCURAAUUCUUCAGCAGGUCAUACUCUAAAACUCCUUACCCCUUACAGACACGCCCUUACUACCAGUUAGGCGUCACAUURAAARAUGUGAGAAAUAAACCUUUAAAUUACCAUGGAUACAUGAAAGACUUGAUGGUGUUUGACAGUGCRUUAAGCAUUGCUGAAAUCAACGAUGCAAUGAAUUAUGAAGAGCCUGGWCUAUGGUUGGGUUUAAGCACAAUGACAAUCCAAAAAACGUUUGAAUGGUCUGAUGGUUCGUCAGCUGACCAUUACAUACCGCUGGCUGUGCCAGGAACAAACGGUUCAGUCUGCGUUGCUAUGGGAAAACUUGGAAAAUGGAUGAAAAAGAAAUGCAGUGAAAAGAGAUCUUUCAUCUGUCAGAAGCAAUUGAAAUAUGUAGCAAAAAAUACUUAGAAACGUAAAUUCUGUGAGCUCAAACAAU